GCCUUCCGACAGAGCUGGGCAGACAGGAGGGAAGGGGAGAGCUUCAACCCUCGUCUCCCUUGCCGACCCUGAGCGAACCAGCUAGCCAUGGAUGACAGCUCCUCACUGGGCAAAGUCAGCAGCUCCACAGAGUCCGUGGCCACCGUUACCAGUGAGGAGUUUGUUCUGGUGCAGACCAGCUCUGCCGGAUCACCACAGGGCUCUGAGGGCAAGCCAAGACUCAAGAUGUCUUGGAAUGGGAGUGAACAGCUGGAGAAAGCUAUGGAGGAGUUAUUGGAUGAUGACGACGAGGUGAAGGUAGAGAAGAGCAGCGUGGAGAAGAUGGAGAAGCACAGGGAACCGGAGAGCCGAGCCCCGGAAACCCAGCCAGCAGAAGCAUGUCCAGCAUUGACCAGCUCCGCGGUCCCCACGGAGGAGGACAGCGUCCAGUUCAACAAGCUGUCCUACCUGGGCUGCACCUGGGUCAAAGCCCCUCGCAACGAGGCCGAGGCACAGAGGGCUAUGGCCACCCUGAGAGCUGAGAGCGCCAUCCCCAUCCCCAUCACCCUGCACGUCCCCUGUGGUCCGGAUGGCUCUGUCAGGAUUGUGGACCAGGCCUCGGGCACAGAGAUCGCCUGCUUCCCCAUCUACAAGGUGCUGUUCUGUGCACGUGGCCGAGAGGGCUCGGUGGAAAGCGACUGUUUCUCCUUCACUGAAAGUUACCGAAGUUCCGAGGACUUCCAGAUUCACGUCUUCUCCUGCCACAUCAAAGAGGCCGUCAGUCGCAUCCUGUACAGUUUCUCUACAGCCUUUCGGCGUUCGUCGCGGCCUGCAGACAUCAGGGACACGACACAGUCCAGUCCGCCCGACGGUGAUCUGUACACCUUCACCGUGUCGCUGGAGAUCAGGGAGGAUGACGGCAAAGGCAACUACAGCCCGGUGCCUAAGGACAGAGAUAAGUUCUACUUCAAGCUGCGACAGGGGGUCCAGAAGAAGGUCGUGGUUUCAGUUCAACAAAUGUGCAACAAGGAGCUGGGCAUCGAAAGGUGUUUUGGGAUGCUGCUGAGUCCAGGACAGAAAGUCUGCAACAGUGACAUGCAUCUGCUAGACAUGGAAUCGAUGGGAAAGAGCUCCGACGGGAAGGCCUACGUGAUCACAGGAACGUGGAACCCCAACAUGGCCGCCUUCCAGCUGCUGAAUGAAGACACACCGAAAGACAAGCAGGUCUACAUGACGGUGGCAGUGGACCUGGUGGUGACCGAAGUGGUGGAGCCAGUUCGCUUCCUGUUGGAAACUCUCGUCAGGGUCUAUCCAUCAAACGAACGCUUCUGGUACUUCAGCCGCAAGACCUUCAGUGAGAUGUUCUACCUCAAACUCAGACAGCAGGCACCGGAUAGAGUGGGUCAGAGCGACGCUGUGUACGAGGUGGUCAGUCUUCAGAGGGAGGCGGAAAGAAGCAAUGAAGAAAGAGGACGGCUGGCCUCACCCACUGAGGAAGAGGAGGCUGAUGAAGAUAGUGACAGUGAAAUCUCGAGCGGGACGGGAGACGUUUCCAAAGACUGUCCUGAGAAAAUACUGGAGUCCUGGGGAGGAAUCCUCAACAGAUGGCAUGGGAACCUGUCCAGUCGUCCAAAGGGUUUGCCCUCAUUGGUUCGCAGUGGCAUUCCUGAGCCACUCAGAGCUGAAGUCUGGCAGCUGCUGGCUGGUUGCCACGACAACCAUGACCUGCUUGAGCACUACCGCAUCCUCAUCACCAAGGACUCGGCGCAGGAAGGCGUCAUCACCCGCGACAUCCACCGCACUUUUCCAGCACACGACUACUUUAAGGACUCGGAUGGGGAUGGACAGGAUUCCCUGUACAAGAUCUGCAAGGCCUACUCUGUCUACGAUGAGGAAAUCGGUUAUUGUCAGGGUCAGUCGUUCCUCGCUGCUGUACUCCUGCUGCAUAUGCCCGAGGAGCAGGCCUUCAGUGUGUUGGUGAAAAUCAUGUUUGAAUACGGGCUCAGAGCUCUCUACAAGAACAACUUUGAAGAUCUUCACUGCAAAUUCUACCAGCUGGAGAGACUGAUGCAGGAACAACUUCCAGACCUGUGGUCCCACUUCCAGGAGCUGAACCUGGAGGCCCACAUGUAUGCCUCCCAGUGGUUCCUCACCCUCUUCACUGCCAAGUUCCCUCUCUGCAUGGUUUUCCACAUCACCGACCUGCUGCUCUGCGAGGGACUGAACAUCAUCUUUAAUGUAGCCCUGGCCCUGCUCAAGACGUCCAAAGAGGACCUCUUGCAGGCAGACUUUGAAGGGGCUCUCAAGUUCUUCAGAGUCCAGCUCCCUAAACGGUACAGAGCUGCAGAGAACGCCCGNNGAUGUCAACAACUUUCCUGUUGUUUUCAGGUUCCAACCAAGAAGCUGAAGAAGUUUGAGAAGGAAUAUCAGACGCUGCGAGAGAGCCAGCUGCAACAGGAAGACCCCAUCGACCGAUACCAGAGGGAGAACCGCCGUCUUCAGGAGGCCAGCAUGCGUCUGGAGCAGGAGAACGACGACUUGGCACACGAACUGGUCACCAGUAAGAUCGCCCUUCGGAACGACCUCGAUCAGGCAGAAGACAAGGCUGAUGUUUUGAACAAAGAGCUGCUGACCACCAAGCAACGUCUGGUGGAGACUGAGGAGGAAAAGAGGCGGCAGGAGGAGGAGACGGCUCAGUUGAAGGAAGUGUUCAGGAGGGAACUGGAAAAAGCAGAGCUGGAGAUCAAGAAAACCACAGCGAUCAUAGCAGAGUACAAACAGAUCUGCUCCCAGCUGAGCACCAGGCUGGAAAAACAGCAGGCGGCGACGAAAGAAGAGCUAGACAUCGUCAGGAAUAAAGUCAUGGGCUGUGAGCACUGCAGAGACCUGUUCAGCACCCUGGGCUCCCUCCAGGCUUCGUCCCCCGGUAGUGACAAAACCUCUAACGAGCCGCUGGACGAGGAGAAGGACGGGCUGAAGGAGCAGCUGAGACAGCUGGAGCUGGAGCUGGCACAGACCAAACUACAGCUGGUGGAGGCCAAAUGUCGCAUCCAGGAGCUCGAGCAUCAGCGUGGAGUCCUGAUGAACGAGAUCCAAGCCGCCAAGAACUCUUGGUUCAGCAAGACUCUGGGGUCUCUGAAGAGCUCUGCCUCCUCUUCGUCCAGCUCCUCAUCGCAGACCCCGUCCUCUCCAAAGGAAGGGCCUGCCUAGGUGACCCUCCCUGCCCCUCUCUCCCCCCCGCAGGAUGCACACUAGAGCUGAGCAACACAAGUUGAAGAAACAAGCAGCGGAGAAAUGCAGUAUUCCUUUUCCAGCAGGUGGCUUCCUGGACUGCAGAGAGCUGAAAAGAUGAGGGACGAACGAGGUGGAGGACUGGAGCAGCCGCUUGUCUCUGAGCGAACUACAAAGUGUCUGUUGACCUUCUGUGGUUCACAGGUGAUGAGACGGGUGAGGGUGAGUCAUCAGCGACGCUAGCGUAAAGUUCACUGGUCACUGCUGACUCAGCCAACAGAACAGAAUCUGUCCUGCAGGUCAAUGAGCUCCACCCUGUGUCCUGACAUUGCUACUGCAGAGAUCCAGUCGUCUUAUCCAAAAAUUAAACCUGCAUUCAGACCCACAAACAGCGCACUAUCUGUAAUGAUGGUGGCACCGCUGCAUCACAACGGUAUUAUACGUUUACUGUUUAAACCUAUAACGAUCUGCAUUCACCGUCUUCAGCGCUGCAGUGGUCUGAAAAAGGAAUACUGCAGCCAGUCUUAAGUGAGAACAACACAAAAGUUGUACUUCUUUAUAGUAAUAUAACGUAAACAAUGUUGUCAUAUAAAUAUGUAUAACUAAUUAUUGAUUUUUUAAAAAUAAUCUUGUACAGUUCUUUAAGAGGAAAAAAACAAAACACAAGGAAAAGUUCCUAAAUUUCUUUUCUACUGUUUGGAAAUUGAAUGUCAUCUCUGUAGAUGUUGACGUAAGCACAGUGUGUGAUCGAUCUGGUCGGGUCCAAACGCUGAAGAGCCAAAGUGACAACCUGUAGAGACAUUUUGUUCAGUGUUCGUAGUGUUUUUACAGUAGUGGGUCAAACUGAUUCACCUUUUUUUUUUUUUUUAAAUCCUCUUCAAUCUUUGUAAGUAUUGGUUUUAUUUUUUAUUUUAUUUAGCCGCAGGUCCUGAUGUUUUGCGACAGGUUUGGUCAGCUGCAACAGUCAUCGGCUCUUUGUCCCUUCUCUGUUCUCCAUUCAGUCCUUUUAAUACUUUCAGUGAUUCAUUUUGGUUCACAGUUACAAAUAAUAUCAGAGUCAUAAGUUGUUUUAAAAGCUGCACAUCGGCCUUGAUUGCACAUUCGUAGGUUUAAAAUGUCGGCUCCGUCCCUGCCGAUCUCAUUUAAACACACAAACAUUUUAGUUGGAGAUACUAGAGCCUGUGUUUCUGUUUGAAAUGAACCAUUUUACGUGGCUCAUUCUUGUACAGAAUGAAACGAUGGCUUCUGCAGAGCCACAUAACGAACCGUGCAAACGACACCCACAGAAGUCUUCGCCCCUUCAUGCCCGUCGUGAAGAUUCAGUUAGCACAUUAAAUUCCACCUAAUAAUAGAGUUUAGGCCCUGAAGCAUCUGUUACGCAGCACAAUUCAUCCCUGAAUAAACAUCUCAACAGAUUAAUACGUUACAAUAAUGUUGCUCCAUAAUUGCCAAACAGCUCUAAGACCAUCUGUGCCAACGCCCACUUUCUUAUUGACGCUUUCCACAGUGAGGAACACGUGGACACAGUGUCCAGUGUGGGCUGUUGGCUCUGAUGCUCAGUGAUAAACUCCACUGUCUCCUCUGAACAGGGAUGUGCAGGUAAAGCCAAACUAUCGUCUGGUUUCUAGUUACUCGAUGCUGCUUUGUCCUCAGCAGGUCGAGGUGUUACUACGGUGAACAGCAGAUGGUGCCACUUUCAAAUUAGCUGAACAAGGACAAGCUUUGAUUUUAAAACUACAAACUACUAACACUUUGUACUUAUUACGUUGCUGGUUACUAAUAUAACAGAUACAAGAAUGUUUGUUUUUUUUUGCUGGUAAACAUCAAAUAGCCAUAGUGUGAGCGCAUGUAGGUGGAACGCUGCAGCGUAGAUGCCAACUGUCCUUCUCUGCGCCGGUUGACACCAAGUCAGCCUUUGGACUCGGACCAAACCCAUACGUAAUGUGUGUGUGUGUGCGCGUUUGAAUGUGUGAUUGUGCACGUGUGUUCUGCACUGUUACUCAAGUGGUCAAAGUUCACGUGGCUGCCUUUUCUGUUGAUGACUGAAGCAGUCGGCUGUUGAGGGGAAAGACUGAACUGUUGGAGAGCGUCAGCUGUGCCAUAAAAGCCUCAUCUCUGCUCCUGUCCAGUGGUCCGACCUCUGUGCCCCCAACAGUCUGCACCAACCUCACCAACAACCGUGUCAGCUGUAGCGACGUCUGCUGAACGUCAUUUCCAGCUGCGCGUUUCACACAUGUCCUCGCUGGUGGGAGCGACUCAGCUGAAGGAGAUGCUUCGGGUUGUAACGGAAAGGGGGAAAACAGCAGCUGACUUGCUGAAUAUCAAUGAAUUCCAGGUGUGUUUCGUGGUCCCAGGACAUUCCUUUCUUCACUGUUGUGCAUCAUUUUUUGUUGGUCAGUCUGUGAAAGUUGCAAAGUCGUACAACCAGUUCAAUGUAGACUGUGGCCAAGUUGCAGAGAGCUCCCUGUCUGUUAUGUGCACUAACACAGCAUUGAUAUUUUAAACACUAUUUCAAGACGUGUUUGUUUAGAAGUUAUUUUUUAACUGAUGAUUAUUGUCGCUGAGAGGACUGCUGCCAAUUUAUAACCCACUCUAAUUCACAGCUAAUCCCAGCGAUGCAACAGUAGGCGGUGAGUGGGAUUACAGGCGGGAUGUGUGUUGUGUAGUUUACGGAUUGUUGUGACACCACAGUCCUGUUGCACAGGGAGCCACCGCUCCUCAGCUGGUCUGUACAGUAACUGUCUGAGCUGCAUUAAUAAAUCUCAACUUUUCUGUUCA